AUGAAAAAAGCACUCGAAUUAGAUUUUGGUUCAAUUGCUGGUUUCCAACAAAAGUUCUCACAAUCAGCAUCAGCAUUAAAUGUACCAGGAUUUACUUGGUUAGUUUUCCAUGAUAAAGCUUUAAGAAUUAUCACAACCUUUGGAUCAGGUUCACCAUUAAAAUUACAAAACUGUCACCCAAUUUUAUGUCUUGAUCUUUUUGAACAUGCUUACGUUUCUGACCAUGGUGAUAAAAAUAAAUAUAUUGCAAAUUUCUGGUCAUGUAUUAAUUGGAAAUUUGUUGAAGCCAAAUUUUUGAAUGCUUUGGUUUCUGAUAGAGAAUAUAAAUUAAGAUUAGAAUCUCUUGUUGGAAAACAAUCUCAUGCAUUUGAACAAUUUCUUGAUUCACAAUCAAAUAAUUAA